CCUUCUUCUUCUCACAUUACAUUCCUCUCUUCUUAUACUAUAGUUUUUCUUGCUUCUGCUGCAUGUAACAUAAAAAUCUCGCUAACAAAAAUAGCAAAAGAGAUUAAGAAAAGGGUAGUGUUCAUAGAGCGAAGAGAAGGGAGAAAAGUUUUCCACGUAAAUUUGGUCUGAAAUGAGUAGCGGAACGAGUGCAGAGCCUGACAAAUAUAUGAUGAUUAAUUUUGAAGAAACAGAGCUGCGACUAGGGUUACCUGGAGGUAGCAAUGUGAACGACAGUGAAUUUGCAAAAGUUAAUGGAAAGAGAGGGUUCUCGGAGACUGUGGAUUUGAAGCUCAACCUUUCAACUAAAGAACCAUCUGGGAAGGAUGUUAUUGUUGGAGAGGAAACGAUGAAGGAGAAAGCAACUGUUCCUUCUUCUUCUAACGAUCCAGCAAAGCCACCAGCUAAGGCACAAGUUGUGGGUUGGCCACCAAUUCGUUCGUUCCGGAAAAAUGUUAUGGCUGUCCAGAAAAACAGCACAGAUGAGGGUGAAAAGGGUACUGCUACAUCCGCCCCUGCCGCCGCCGCCGCCACCUCCGGCAGCACCAGUGCAGCUUUCGUGAAGGUCAGCAUGGACGGUGCACCAUAUCUAAGAAAAGUGGACUUAAAACUAUACAAGAGCUACCAAGAACUUUCUGAUGCCCUAGGCAAAAUGUUCAGCUCCUUUACCAUUGGAAAUUGCGGAUCACAAGGAAUGAAAGAUUUCAUGAAUGAGAGCAAGUUGAUAGAUCUUUUGAAUGGUUCUGAAUAUGUCCCAACUUAUGAAGAUAAGGAUGGAGACUGGAUGCUUGUAGGAGAUGUGCCAUGGGAAAUGUUCGUCAACUCAUGCAAACGGUUAAGGAUAAUGAAAGGAUCUGAAGCAAUUGGACUUGCCCCAAGAGCUGUUGAGAAGUGCAAAAACAGAAGUUAAAGGAGAAUCUGAAAAUGAGUCAAUUCCAAUCUCAAGAUCAAACGUAAACAGACCGGCUCAAAAGAGAGGAAUUGAGCAGGGAGUUUGGAUGUCAAUGUACCAUUUUUUUCUUUUUGGGUUUGGUUUCUUUUUUCAGAUAAAUAUAUGAAAAAUAUAUGCGGAGAUUUAUUAGAGACAUCAAGUAAUAAUAUCAUAGGAGAUGUUCAUAAGACUUGUUAUAUUAUAUGUAAACUUUUCGUUUUAGUCUUCUUAAAAUCAUUGUCAAAUGGGUUGCUUAAAUAAUGACUUUUUUGUUAGUUGUCA